AUGAAGGGUGACGAAGAAUUCCAAGCAAAAGGUGUCGACCUUGACGGUCAGGCUGGAGCCAUGGAUGAGAAACCGCUUUCAAGUGAGGCUAUGCUGGUUGCUGCACCAGGUGGUCAGACACAUCGUGGACUGAAGAGCAGACACAUACAAUUUCUUGCACUUGGCGGUGCCAUCGGUACAGGCCUUUUCGUAGGGUCCGGGUCGAUACUUAGUACAGUUGGUCCAGCACCUCUAUUCAUGGCCUACCUGUCCAACAUGUUCAUUGUCUGGGUUGUGAUGCUCACCCUUGCUGAGAUGACCACCUACUUGCCGAUGAAGGGUAUCACAAUUCCAUAUUUCGUCUCGCGCUUCGUCGACCCAAGCUUGGGCUUUGCAGCGGGCUGGAACUAUUGGUAUGCGUAUGCAAUCCUGGUUGCCGCUGAAGCUUCCGCCGGUUCUAUUCUCCUCGGUUACUGGGCUCCCAACGUCAAUGUAGCCGCUUGGAUCACCAUAUUCCUUGUCCUGGUCCUCUUCCUUAAUGUGAUUGCGGUUUCAUUCUUCGGAGAAGCAGAGUUUUGGUUUGCAUCUAUCAAACUCAUCACCAUUAUCGGGCUCAUUAUCAUCGGAGUCGUCUUGUUCUUCGGUGGUGGGCCGAAUCAUGACCGACUCGGCUUUCGAUACUGGAAGGACCCGGGAGCAUUCAAAGAAUACCUCGUCCCGGGCGCGACUGGCAAGUUUCUGGCAUACUGGACGGCUUUCGUCCGCGCAGGUUUCGCCUUCAUCACCUCCCCCGAGCUCAUCGCUCUCGCCGCUGGAGAGACGAUCGCUCCCCGACGCAACAUCCCAAAAGCUGCUCGUCGCUUCGUUUGGCGACUGAUGGUAUUCUACGGACUCGGCUCGCUGAUCAUUGGCAUCAUCGUUUCUUCCGACAAUCCACGCCUCCUUUCCGGGAGUUCCAACGCCAGUGCGAGCCCCUUUGUGAUCGGCAUCCAAGAAGCUGGAAUCCAAGGCCUCAAUCACGUUAUCAACGCCGCUGUAUUGACCUCCGCAUGGUCUGCUGGCAACGCAUUCCUGUACUCUGGCUCUCGAGUUCUGUACGGCCUCGCACUGACAAAUCAAGCACCCGCGGUCUUCAGCAAGACCAACCGUCGCGGUGUGCCAUAUAUGGCCGUGUUGGCCACGUGGGCUCCAGGACUACUCGCCUUCCUCAACGUUUCCAACUCCGGAGCUACCGUGUUCAACUGGUUUGUCAACAUUAGCACGAUAUCCGGGUACAUAGCAUGGUGCAUCUGUCUCGUCACCUACAUUCGCUUCCACAAAGCGAUGCGGUUCCAGAACAUGCUCGAUCAGUCGCCCUUCCGUGCGCCAUUACAGCCGUAUGCUUCACAUUUCGUGCUUGGUCUGCUGAUUAUUCUCACCCUCACCAAUGGCUUUCAAGUCUUCUUUCCCUCACAGUGGUCUGUUUCAGGUUUCUUGGCCGCUUAUAUCACACUUCCCAUCGUGCUGGCUCUCUACGUAGGACAUAAGAUCUGGUUCCGCACGCCAUUUGCCAUCAAGGUGCAUAACAUCGACGUUAUCACGGGAAAGAGGGAGAUGGACGAGUUCUGUGCCUUGGACGAGGAACCGAUCCCAAAGAAUUGGGUUCAGAAGAUCUGGUUUUGGAUUGCGUGA